AUUCACAAUCGGCCCAUUCCAAGUCUGUCAAAUCCAGCAUAGCACAUUUUAAUUCUCUCCAUCGAAAUUUCUCCGAUCUCUGAUCUGAAUCAGAGAGGAACAAAGACAGUGAAGCAAAUUUUCGCAACAAUGGUGGGAUCGUCGAGUUCGUGGUCAACUGCUUUGGUUCGUAUCUCUCCGUACACUUUCGCUGCCAUCGGAAUCGCCAUAUCUAUAGGCGUUUCCGUCCUCGGCGCCGCCUGGGGAAUAUAUAUAACUGGGAGUAGUUUAAUCGGUGCUGCGAUUAAAGCCCCUCGAAUUACUUCCAAAAAUCUCAUCAGUGUUAUUUUCUGUGAGGCGGUUGCCAUAUAUGGAGUUAUCGUGGCUAUCAUUCUUCAAACAAAAUUGGAGAGUGUGCCCUCCUCAAAGAUUUAUGAUCCAGAGUCCCUUCGAGCAGGAUAUGCUAUCUUUGCGUCUGGAAUAAUUGUGGGAUUUGCAAAUCUUGUCUGUGGGCUAUGUGUCGGAAUCAUCGGCAGCAGCUGCGCUUUAUCUGAUGCACAAAACUCCUCUCUUUUCGUUAAGAUCCUCGUUAUUGAGAUAUUUGGUAGUGCUCUUGGACUGUUCGGCGUGAUUGUAGGCAUCAUCAUGUCAGCUCAAGCAACAUGGCCUUCUAAGGGGUGAGUUCUUAUUUUGUACCAACUGGUUUUAGUAUUGGGUGGUUUAAUAUUUUGUUGUCUUCUUUUGCUUCGUAGCUUUGAUGGGUAUUUUGUAUUUUUGUCGCUGUAAUGCGAUGUAAAAUUAAAGAUCCUUUGGCAAAAACACUGAACAAAAACUGCUACCAACAAUCUAGUUUUGUAUGUAAUUUAUUUUUAGGUCAAUAAAUUGCGUUCUUGUUACUAUAAAACAA